AUGGUCAGACCUCCAUCGAGAUCAAGGUCUGCGAGGCUCCUCGGCUCGUUCAACCUCGUCGGCAUCUACCCUGCGCCCAAGGGUGUCCCCCAGGUAGAGAUCACCUUCGACAUCGACGCCGACGGUAUCGUUCGCGUGAACGUGAAGGACAAGGCGACGAGCAAGGACCAGUCGAUGACGAUCGCCAGCCCGUCUGGUCUGAGCGACAAGGCAUUGAGAAGAUGGUGUCUGACACUAAGCGUAGAAGCUAACAUAAGGCUUGCGGUGAUGAAUGAGUUCAAGGACCAGCUCAACUGCGCGGGGAAGGAGAAGGUGCAGAAGCUCGUUACUGAGCUGUGCAAGAUCGUGGUCAAGGGCCAGGCUAGCGAUGCCUCCGUCACCGCCGAGCAGAUCCGGGAGAAGAUCAACGAGAGGCGAUAG